AGUGACUCCUGGAGAUAGUCUCUGAGGGAACUUCAUUGGAGACUGCAUCCUGACUUCAACUUAGACUCUGACUCUUGGACUAAUUUGCUGGAUUAGUGGCAGUUCUCCUGGAGAGUCAAGAUGUUCAUUGAGAUCGAGUCUUCUGAUGUUAUACGGCUCAUCAUGCAGUACUUGAAGGAAAAUCAUUUGCAUCGAGCAUUAGCCACUUUGCAGGAGGAGACAACUGUAACAUUGAAUACUGUGGACAGCAUAGAGAGUUUUGUAGCAGAUAUCAACAGUGGACAUUGGGAUACUGUUUUGCAAGCUAUACAGUCCCUGAAAUUGCCAGUCAAAACAUUGAUUGACCUCUAUGAACAGGUGGUUCUGGAAUUGAUAGAACUUCGUGAAUUGGGUGCUGCCAGAUCUCUUCUGAGACAGACUGACCCCAUGAUCAUGUUAAAACAAACUCAGCCGGAGAGAUACAUUCAUCUUGAGAACAUUUUGGCCAGACCCUAUUUUGAUCCUCAUGAGGCAUAUCCAGAUGGAAGCAGCAAGGAGAAAAGAAGAGCAGCAAUUGCACAGGCUUUAGCUGGAGAAGUGAGUGUUGUACCUCCAUCUCGUCUUCUGGCGCUGUUGGGACAGGCUUUGAAGUGGCAACAGCACCAAGGUUUGCUUCCUCCUGGCAUGACUAUUGAUUUGUUCAGAGGCAAAGCAGCUGUAAAAGAUGUGGAAGAAGAGAAGUUUCCUACACAGUUAAGCAGACACAUUAAGUUUGGCCAGAAAUCACAUGUGGAAUGUGCUCAAUUCUCUCCGGAUGGCCAGUAUUUGGUCACUGGCUCUGUUGAUGGAUUCAUUGAAGUAUGGAACUUUACAACUGGAAGAAUUAGGAAGGAUCUCAAGUACCAGGCCCAAGAUAAUUUCAUGAUGAUGGAUGAUGCUGUACUAUGUAUGUGUUUCAGCAGAGAUUCAGAAAUGUUAGCAACUGGGGCCCAAGAUGGAAAAAUUAAGGUAUGGAAGAUAGAGAGUGGACAGUGUUUAAGGAGAUUUGAAAGGGCACACAGUAAAGGUGUCACCUGCCUAAGCUUCUCCAAGGAUAACAGUCAGAUCCUUAGUGCUUCCUUUGACCAGACGAUCAGAAUUCACGGCUUAAAAUCUGGGAAAACCUUGAAGGAAUUUCGUGGUCACUCUUCAUUUGUUAAUGAAGCUACUUUUACUCAAGAUGGACAUUCCAUAAUCAGUGCAUCAUCUGAUGGCACUGUGAAGAUUUGGAAUAUGAAGACCACCGAGUGUACAAAUACCUUCAAAUCUCUUGGCAGCACUGCAGGGACAGACAUCACUGUCAACAGUGUCUUCCUUCUUCCUAAAAAUCCAGAGCACUUUGUUGUGUGUAACGCGUCAAAUACAGUAGUCAUCGUGAACAUGCAGGGACAGAUUGUCAGGAGUUUCAGCUCUGGUAAGAGAGAAGGGGGCGACUUCGUCUGCUGUGCUCUCUCACCACGGGGUGAAUGGAUCUACUGUGUGGGUGAAGAUUUUGUGCUGUAUUGUUUCAGCACAGAAACUGGCAAACUGGAACGAACAUUGACAGUUCAUGAAAAGGAUGUCAUUGGCAUUGCUCACCAUCCCCAUCAGAAUCUGAUUGCUACCUACAGCGAAGAUGGGCUCUUAAAGCUCUGGAAACCCUAAGAGCAGCAUGCAACUUAAAGGAAGAGACAUUUAGAUGUUGCUGCUUUUUUGUUGGUUUGUUUGUUGGACUUUUUAGGAAAAAAUUGCCUAAAUGUGUUCAUGAGCGUAAUUUUUGCUAAAUUUCUCAUUUAUGUAAAAAUUACCCUUUUUGGUGUAUUUUUCUAAAUAUUAGCUGAUCUGCUUCCAAAGAAGCAGGUAUUUAGUGGAUAGAAUGUUUUCAGUCAUCCUGUAUCUGAAGAGUGAAACCAUCUCAUUUCCAUAAUGGGUUCCACCCCUUUUGAUCAUUUGUAAUGCCGGUUAAUAUGUCCUUGUAAAUAACGAGUGAGCUCCCAUUUUCCAUCAUUGUUACUUAACCAUUUUCAGUUUCAUUUUGUUUCUUUGAAAAGCUUUGAUAGAAUAAAUUUUACCACUUGCACAGGGAAAAAUAAAAUAAAAUCAUUCCUUACAAAAAGGAUAUGGACAACUGUUUUGGGUGAUAAUACAUGUAUAACACAGAUUGAAUUCCUUGUAAGCUCUAGGAGCAGGAUUGAAGAAGGGA